AUGGCUCGUACACAUAUGUACCUUGUAAAAGUUGGUGUGGAUCCAAGAAGACUACGAUUCAGACAACAUCUAGGAAAUGAGAUGGCUCAUUAUGCGCAGGAUUGUUGGGAUGCGGAGAUUUUGACUAGCUACGGAUGGAUCGAAUGCGUUGGUAAUGCUGACCGUUCUUGCUAUGAUCUUACACAACAUUCCAAAACCACCAAUGUGAAGCUUACCGCUGAAAAGAAAUUGUCUGAACCAAAGUCUGUAAAUGUUGUGGAAGCAGCGCCGAACAUGGCCGUACUAGGCAAAGAAUUCAAGAAAGAUGCCAAGAGGAUACAAGCAGCUCUUGCACAACUACCUGAGGAUCAAGUAGAAGCUUUGGAGAAGGAGCUGAAGGCUAACGGUUCAUACAAAUUAAAAGUUGACGCUGACGAGUUCAAGUUGACUGCAGCUAUGAUAACGGUGAAGAGAACUACGAAAAUGGUAACAUUAUCCUCAGUGGAGAAAUAG